GGAAGAAGAAGAGCCGACGCGAUCGAAGAUGCGAGCGAGAUGGUAGUUAUUCCUUUGAUGUCCCUGAUCCACGCAAUAUUACGCAUUAUGCUGUCCGCCUUGAACACCGAACAUACGCCCCGGUCUCCCGCGCUGACGCGCAUCAAAGCUGUGCGCCUGUCAGCGCAACGCGCGUUAGUGCCAUCGGACCCGAUCUGCGACAUCAGGGGACGAGAGGACAAGUUCUGCCUGCGACAAGAACUGGGACUGCAGCCGCAAGGCUUCUGCUCAGCCGUGAGGCCGACUGAAGCCAACACGUCAUCCUCGACCUCGACCACCCCGAACUCUGACGAGGAUACAUCGUCCCCGGGUGAACCGACGUGUUCCAAGGACCAGCCUCCACACUGCGACAGUCUGUUCCUGGAUGCUGGAGUGAGACUGGUCAGGGACGAAGACUGCCUCAACGGCCCCCAGCGGCUCGUAGCCGACGGAUUUCUCACGCAAGAGGAGUGCGGAACCUUACUCAAGCUGAGCGAGUCCGCCACUGUGGGCAGCGGCUACGAAGAGGUCUUCCCGAUGACGCAUUAUGAAGUCUUCAGCGGGGUCACGGCGACAGAUUUGGAGGAGCAACUCAAGAAAUCGUCCAUCGACGUGUCCGCUGCUAAGCUGAUGCUGCUGGCUUCAGAUAGGUCUCGCCUCUACGUCGAAGCCUACUUCCGGUUAAAGCGUAGGCUCUACAUCCAUUUCGUUCAUCUGGCCUGCAGGAAUGCCACCGAAAACUCGACGACCAACAGAACCGACAUGAGUCACCGUAUCCAUUCGGACAACUGCCAGUUCCAGGACAACAGCAGCUGCCCGGUCCUCCGGGAAAAUAUUGCCUGCCGAGACUUUAGCGCGGUGAUCUACUUGAACGAUGUCCACGGAGGCGAGAUGGUCCUGGCGACGGCACCACGGACCAGUAUCCGCGCCGUCAUCCCACCCAAGUGCGGUCGCAUGGUAGCCCUGAACAGCCGCAACCCCCACGGAGUGCUGCCCGUCUUCUCGGGGCACCGCUGCGCCCUCCUCACGUGGAUGACGUACGAGAGCGGCGAACAAGACUCGGCGUUGUCGGAUUGCAGGAGGAUGAUGGGAUACGUGGACGGCGACGGGUAUUACCGCAACGCGAGCCAGUACGAAUGAGCUCCAGCGAACACCGAGUUUGCUGACUAGCGCGCGAGAAACGGCGACGUCUAACGCCCGCCUAUUAAACAUGACCGC